AAUUGGUGGCGCUAAAAUUUGCGAAUGGCUGCCAAAUCAAAAUGCUUUCAGCUCGUGGGUUCGUGAUUAUCAGGAUGUCGAUCACAUUUAGCUUGAAAACACUGAUUAGGGAUGUCAGCCCACUCUUGGUUUGUCUCAAACGGGGAUCAUCUGCUUCAACCAGCGCAAGCCGGCUCUUAAACAUCAUAAGAGUAACCCAAUCCCUCAAUCUCUUGUCUACUGUGUCUUAGAAACCGACACUGCUUUUCAUUCCCUUCUACUUCUAGUCACUCAAUUACGUUCAAUUCACUCAUUACAUAUCUCCAAAAUGGCGGCUCAGGCCAACACCCACAACAACGGUCCCAUUGACCACAACGACCUCAACGAGUGGAAGGGCCGUUUCAAUGACGUUCUCGCCCGUCCGAGUGAACACAUCAACUCUAAGUCUCAUCCCGAGACUUCUCGACCUUGGCAUAACAGCUUCUUCAGCUGCUUUAGCCCUAUUGACCUUUGCGCUAUAACUUGUUGCGUCCCUUGCGUGACGUUUGGCAAGACCCAUCAUCGUCUCCGGAAGAACGGCAGCCUGCAGGGCUAUGAGCCUAUUAAUACUUCUUGUCUCAUGUUCUGGGGUUCAACUUGUUUUGGUCUCCAUUGGAUUCCUCUCGCCCUUCAGCGCGCCAACCUUCGCGAGAAGCAUAGUCUUGAAGGUAGCUGUCUGGUCGAUCUUGCUACUGCUUGCUGCUGUGGCUGCUGCGAUCUGAUUCAACAAGAGAAGGAGGCAGAAUUUCGUGAGACUGAGGCUGCUACUGCCCACGCAGGUAAGGGCUACGAGGCCAACGCGGCAAUGAGCGUCCCUGUCUGAAAGGAAACUCUCGAAAAGAUUAAGUGUGCUACAAGAUGGCCUUAAUUGAAUGGAUUGCAAACCGAUUUUUACAUGUAUCACCC